UCCAUAGUCCACUUCUCCAUUUGACAUUUUUCAUCUUGCAAAACUAAGCCAUUUUCCUUCAACAAAAAUAGCAAAUACCAAAAUCAUCAAAACAUGUUCUUGAAAAUCCUUUCAACAUGAUAUCUACUGUUCUUUUCUUCAUUAUAUGAAGAAAAAAGACUUAGAAAAAUCACACAAAAUAUUGAGAAAAUGGGUGGUGCUGCAUCAACAAUUGCCUCAAAGUUAGCAUUUUUUCCACCAGAGCCAUCAUAUCAAGUUGAUUUAGAUGAACAAACACAAAAAUUGAAACUAUUAGGUGUCCCUCAAAGUGAAAAGGGUGAAGUUUCAAUUUUGCAAACAAAGAGAGGACAUUAUAUUUUUGCAGUUUUUGUUAGGAACAAAGCUGCAAAUUUGACACUACUUUACUCACAUGGAAAUGCUGCUGAUAUAGGCCAAAUGUUCCAGUUUUUCGUCGAGCUUAGUGAUCGUUUACGCGUAAAUGUUAUGGGAUAUGAUUAUGCUGGAUAUGGAAGGUCUAAUGGAGAACCAAGUGAGCAAAACACAUAUGCUGAUAUAGAAGCUGUUUACAAAUGUCUAAAAGAGAUUUAUGAAGUGAAGGAAGAAGACAUUAUAUUAUAUGGACAAUCAAUUGGAAGUGGUCCAACUCUUGAAUUAGCCACAAAAUUGCCUCAAAUUAGGGGUGUGAUUCUGCAAAGUGCAAUACUUUCUGGACUUCGAGUAAUGUAUCGUAUAAAGUAUUCUCUUUGGCUCGACAUAUACAAGAACAUUGAUAAAAUCCCAUAUGUCAGUUGUCCCAUUCUUGUGAUUCAUGGUACAGAAGAUGAAGUAGUUGAUAUUUCACAUGGUAAAAAGCUUUGGGAGCUAAGUAAAAUGAAAUAUGAACCAUUGUGGGUAAAUGGAGGAAAUCACUGUGACUUACAAGUUUUUCCUCAGUUUUUUACUCAUCUCAAGAAGUUCAUAACUUCAGUGGAAAGACAAUCAGAUUAUUGUCAAACUGUUGAACUUGAGGAAAGUAUAAUUGACUUAGAUUAUACUCUUGAUAUUACAAAUGAAAUUAGGUGCAGACCAAGUACUGAAGAUAUUGAAAAAUCAAGAAUCAGUACUGAACAUAAAGAGAUCAUUGCAAUAAGGCCUAGCACAGACAGAAAAUUGAAGCCAAGAAUUAGUGUUGACAAGAGGGAAAAAACAAGAAAAAGCAUCGAUUAUUUCGGGAAAUCAAGAAUUAGCACUGAUCAAUCUGAGAGAGGGCGGAACAGCAUUGACCGCUUUGGAGACAUGAUGAGAUCAGUAGCAUUGUGCAAUAUUGACUGUUUGAAACAGACACUAGCAGAGGAGGACUAAUACAACUAAAGUCUUUAAAUUGUUAUUAGUGUCUGCAAGAGUUUUUUUUUUUUUCCUUUUCCUUUGUUUGAAUGGUAUUUUCUUUCUCUAAUGUAAGUGGCACACUACAGCAAAAGGAAAAGGAAAACAAAGAAGAAGAGAUCUGCAAAGGAAAAAAGAAAAAGGUGAAAGAUGUAUGGACCACGUUGAAAUUACUUCACUGCCUACAUGUUUUGUGAUUUGAAUAUGUUCUUUCUUUAUUCAAAUUAUAGUUUUGGUCCCCACA